CUGACCCCGCCCAGGAAGCCUUUGCUGAUUAUUCAUGAGCCUGAGAGGGCUUGUUUGAGCCGUUGAGUGCGGGUGAGAGGGAGGCGUUGACCCGCUAAGGUGUGCACAAUGUCUUUAUUUUCAAGUGGUGCUGAGGAUCGAACCCAGGGCCUCACGCAAGGUUUUAAUUAUUGAAAGAAUCCUGAAACAUUUUUACAAAUGGCUACUGCUCAACUCUCUCAUUCCAUCAGAAUUCACAAGGCAUCUAAGGAAACAGUUUUUCCAUCCCAAAUCACUAAUGAGCAUGAGUCACUGAUAAUGGUGAAGAAACUUUUUGCUACUUCUAUCUCAUGCAUAACAUACCUAAGGGGCCUGUUCCCAGAGAGUUCUUAUGGAGAACGCCAUUUGGAUGAUCUCAGUUUAAAAAUUCUUCGAGAAGACAAAAAAUGUCCUGGGUCACUGCAUAUUAUCAAAUGGAUUCAAGGUUGUUUUGAUGCUUUGGAGAAGAGAUAUCUACAUAUGGCAGUACUUACACUUUACACAAAUCCAAAGGAACCUGAGAAAGUGACUGAGAUAUACCAGUUCAAAUUCAAAUACACAAAAGAAGGAGCCACUAUGGAUUUUGACAGCAGUAGUACAAGCUUUGAAAGUGGAACAAAUAGUAAAGAUAUUAAGAAAGCCAGUGUACUGCUGAUUCGUAAAUUAUAUAUACUGAUGCAGAACCUUGGACCCCUUCCUAAUGAUGUUAUACUUACUAUGAAACUCCAUUACUACAAUUCAGUGACUCCACAUGAUUACCAACCACCUGGUUUUAAAGAAGGGGUGAACUCACACUUCUUGCUGUUUGAUGGGGAACCUGUCAAUUUGCAAGUGGGAUUGGUCUCCACAGGCUUUCAUAGCAUGAAAGUAAAAGUCACUACGGAGGCAGCCAGAGUAUCUGAUUUGGAGAACAAUCUGUUUCAGGAGAAUAAUACUACUGAAAUUGCCCAUCAGGGUCUAGACUGCGAUGAUGAAGAAGAGGAGUACAACAAUCAAGGAGUCAUCCCUCCCCAUCUGUAUCCUCUUGGAGACCAUGAAGAGGAAAAACAGUCUCUGUGGCUUCUCCAACCAGCGAGGGGUCGCGACAAUUGGUGGCCCGUACGGGGAACCGAAUAUUCCUCGAACCCAGGAUCCAGAACUUUCAGCAGUCAGGGUGGUGCACCGAUGUUUUUGAGAGAAGCUGCCGGGGCCGCGGCCGCGGUCUGGGCAUGAGGAUGGCGGUGGGCUCAGUCAAGAUGCAGCCGCCGUGCGAGAACCCGGCCCUGGCCGCAGCGGUGGCGGCGGCGGACAGCGCUCUGCGCCGCAGUCCCAGCGCCCGCGAGCCAGAGCGCGAGCAGCCGCCGGCGUCACUGCGGCCGCGGCUGAAGGACCUGCCUGCACUGCUGCAGAGCGGGCUCACGCUGCGGAGAAAGUGGAGCGCUGCUGGGGGCCGGGACCGGACAGAGCCGGUGUGGGUUCCAGAACGCCUGACAAGAAGAGCCCCGACAAAUAAAUCUGAGGUUAAUAUAACCACUUUGGCCAUUACUUCCCAGGUGUUAAUUCCGUUGUCUCCUUCCAAUCAGACCUCUAAUGCCACUCAUUUUAAGGCUUCUCCUUAUUGCACCCCUGAGUAUGGCUUCCCUCCUAUAUUUACACCUUGUCAAGAUCACUCUUGGGAGAAACAUCAGGUCGCCAAAGGUUUUUCCCUUUCCCCCUCUCUCAAAAGGUACUUGUAUAAUUCUUCCAACAAUAAUUCCUCUAUAGGAGCGGGUUGGUCCUGGUUUCAGUGGUUGAUUUCCAAUGAAAAGGGGGCCACAGCCGAUGUCUCUGCUCUGGCUCAAUUGAGAGGAGUCCAGAGUUGGCUGUUUAAUGUGUCUGGCUCUGUACAGGACACUGCUAAUGGUAGGAGACUUAAAAACAUUUCAUUCAAUUCUCAGGUGUCCAAUGCUACACUACCCUCUGCAGCAGUCUGUCUUCAUUCUCCGUUUCUGUUCCUUUUGACCAAUGAUACCAAUACUACAGAAUCGGAAAUGAUUGACUGUUCUAAUUGUACAUGUGUCUUGUCUGAGUGUUGGAAUGGAUCCUGGAGCACGGCAGUUGUUAUGAAGGUCCCGACUUUCGUCCCGAUUCCGGUUACUGCGGAUCCGGACUCCUUCCCUAUUAUUGAGGUGCUCAGGAGCCGUAGGGAUUUUGGAAUCACAGCAGCUAUUGUAACAGCGGUUGCAGUAUCUGCUGCUGCAGCGGUCGCUGCCGGAGUGGCCAUGGCUAGUCAAGUGCAGACUGUGGCCACGGUUAAUCAGGUCAUCCAACAAACUUCCAGCAUUUUAGAGUCUCAAAGUAAAAUCAAUCAACAUAUUUUAUCAGGAAUUUUGGCCGUUAAUCAAAGGGUGGAUCUCCUCCAAGCUCAGAUUGAGGAAUUGUCAGACCUAGUACAUUUGGGUUGUGUUGAUCAUCGUGCACAUCUAUGUGUAACAUCUCUCAGAUUUAAUGAUUCCAGAAAUACCUCUCAAAUCAUUGGACAGUACCUGGCCGGAAACUGGUCCAUGGAAGCAGAGAAGUUGAUCCAGACCCAACUGACACAAAUUGCCAUGUUGAACAACACUCGUGUGGACCCUGUGACAUUGGGCCAAUUUACGAAUUGGCUGUCUUCUGCCUUUUCUUUCUUUAAGGAAUGGGUGGGAGUAGGCAUUUUUGGAGCGAUGUGUUGUUUUGGGAUUGUCCUUUGUCUGUGGCUUUUCUGUCGCCUAAGAGCUCGCCAUAGCCAAGAAAAGGCUAUGAUCGUCCAGGCUUUUGCAGCCCUAGAGAAUGGUAUCUCUCCACAAGUUUGGCUUGCGCAACUUAAGCAAUAAUUUCCUGGGUUUUGGCCAUUGCACCCCAAGUUAUUUUCACAUUGCACUGGGAUUGACAUGCCCUCUUCUUUAUGCUCUCCCAGUGCUGAAUAGCCUUUGCACUCUGCAGGUCUUCUUACCAUUGCACGCAGAUGGGUUUCAGGACUGGUCUUUCUUCUCGGCUACAGACUCUUUACCUUCCUCUGGGGCUUAGGGAUAGUGUCGCCAACUUAAUUUUUGUCAUUACUACCAGGCUACCUGUGUUAUCCUACUUCUCGCCGUCGUCACGAUGCAGGAUGUGAGGCAAGGCACUGCACUUGAGUGAUCCCUCAACGGACCUCAAGGAAAGCAUGUCCUAUUGCAUGCAGGUUUGACGUCCACGCCCCGCCCUACGAAAAAAGGCGUCGGCUGAUAUGGGACCAGGUCUAGGGAAGGGCCCUCCUUAGGACUGAACCAUACACUGCAGCCACUUCUGCACAGUGGGAUAGGACCUCUACUUUCGCCUGCAUUGUUUUAUAAAAUAGAAGGGGGAACUGUGGUAAGCCAUUCUUAUAGACCAUGGCCGCCAUUAGAAGAUGGCGCCGGCUUCCACUGUGGCCUGUGAUAAACAACUCCUUUUUUGGAGAGUUGGCGCGCAAUCCCUUACCACCCUAUGAGAGAGAUCCACGUGGCAGCUUGGGAUUGGUAUGCGGGAGGCUUUAUUAGGCUGUGCUUGGGCACUCGGCGGGGGGGUCGCUAGAAGAUGAUACUUGAA